UAUUUGAAGAAAUCAUUAAACGGCUUUGUUAAUUUCAAUUUGGUAUAAACAAAAAGUAUGUUGACAUUAGUCAUGUUGACAGAAGUUGUGUCAUAAACGCAGGAUUUGAUGACAAUAAAUAUCAAACAUGGUGAAUUCUGUUAGUUGAUGGACAGGUCUUUAAAGAAUCCGCUGUUUAGAAAGUGAUAUGAAUCGGAGAUGGUGCUCCUAAAUAUUUGUUUAUUUUCGUUAAUUUAUGCAAAAUUAGUUUUAGCAGAAUACUACAGUGAUUAUGAAUGUAAUAUACCUUUAUUCACAAGGGCUGUAGUGACUGCAACAUCAUCUAUGAAUGAGAGGGGCCCAAAAAAUGCAGUUUUAUAUGGUGGAUCGGCUUGGAGUCCAAAACACAGUACUUAUUUUGAAAAAUUAACCCUCGAUUUGGGAUACAGACACGACAUCAGAUCCAUAGCUACUCAAGGACGUGGCGAAUCGCACGAAUUUGUCACUGAGUAUAUUAUUGAGUAUUCAGAUGAUGGCGAAGGUUGGAAGACUUUCCAUGAUUCUGAGGGAGAGACUGAGAUGUUUCAAGGUAACGUGGAUGGUGAAACGGUUCACAAAAAUGAAUUUGAAGUACCGAUAAUUGCCCAAUGGAUUAGAAUAAACCCCACCAGAUGGAGGGACAGAAUAUCUCUUAGGGUCGAAUUAUUUGGCUGUGAAUAUGAGGCUGAAAACAUGUAUUUCAAUGGUAGUUCGUUAGUAAAAUAUGAUUUAUUCAGGGAACAAGUAUCAGCUCUUAAAGAAAGCAUUAAAUUCCGAUUUAAAACUACCUCACCAAAUGGUGUCCUUUUAUAUAGUAGAGGAACUCAAGGAGAUUAUAUAGCCCUACAACUUAGAGAUAAUAGAAUGCUGUUAAAUAUCGAUUUAGGUUCUGGUGUUGUUACAAGCCUCUCAGUUGGAAGUUUAUUGGAUGAUAAUAUUUGGCACGAUGUGGUGAUUUCAAGGAAUAGAAGAGACAUUUUAUUUUCUGUCGAUAGAGUGGUUGUAAACACAAAGAUUAAAGGAGAGUUUCAAAGGUUAAAUCUCAAUAGAGGGUUUUACAUUGGUGGAGUCUCUAAUGUGCAAGAAGGUCUAGUAGUUAUACAAAAUUACACAGGGUGCAUGGAGAACUUACACUUGAAUUCAACAAAUAUCUUCAAAGAAGUUAAAGAAGCCUACAGUUAUGGUGAAAGUUUUAAAUACGAAAAAAUUAAUGUUCUGUACAAUUGUCCAGAGCCACAAAUUGUUCCAGUAACUUUUAAAACACCACACUCUUUUGCGAAAUUAAAAGGUUACGAAGGAAUGUCUUCCAUGAAUUCUUCUUUUGCCUUUAGAACAUAUGAAGAUAAUGGACUUAUGCUCUAUCAUUCUUUCUCUACAAGUGGUUAUGUAGCUAUAUAUUUAGAUGCUGGUAAAUUGAAGGUAGAACUAGUAUCACCGAAUAAUCCCAAGGUGAUAUUCGACAAUUUUGCUGAACAGUUUAAUGAUGGCAGAUGGCAUACUGUAGUUCUCACUAUAUCAACCAAUAAAAUUGUAUUUAGCGUAGAUUACAGACCAAUGAUUACAACCCGUGUUCUAAGAAUUGUCACAGGAGGAUUGUAUUUUAUAGCUGGUGGAGUUAGUGCUGCGUUAGGAUAUACUAAUUAUAUUUUCCCAGGUUUUGUGGGAUGCAUGAGAAAUAUAAGAAUAGAUGGUAAUAGUAAACUUCCCACCGAUUGGACUCAAGAAGAAUAUUGUUGUGGAGAAGAAGUGGUAUUUGACUCCUGUCACAUGACGGACAGAUGUAACCCAAAUCCAUGUCAACACGGUGGAAUUUGUAAGCAAAAUUCCAUGGAAUUCUUCUGUAUUUGCAAGGAUACAGGUUACGGGGGAGCAGUCUGCCACAGUUCUAUCAAUUCUCUUUCAUGUGUAGCUUACAAAAACGUACAAUCGGUAGGUCAACGUGCUGAAAUAAAAAUUGAUGUCGAUGGUAGUGGACCAUUGGCUCCUUUUCCAGUUACGUGCGAAUUUUAUUCAGAUGGUCGGGUUGGUACUGUUCUACAUCAUAGUAAUGAAGAAACGACACCUGUUGAUGGAUUUCAGGAACCAGGAAGUUUUAUACAAGACAUUCAUUAUGAAGCAAAUGAUGACCAAAUAGCAGCCUUGAUAAACAGAAGUAUAUCGUGUCGACAACAUAUUCAGUAUGCUUGCAAGGGUGCUCGUUUAAUGAAUUCACCAUCUGAAGAAAACGCUUUCUCGCCUUUCUCUUGGUGGGUAUCCAGACAGAAUCAGAAAAUGGAUUACUGGGGAGGCGGUUUACCAGGUUCUAGAAAAUGCGAAUGUGGUAUUUUAAGUACUUGUUCGGAUGCGACAAAAUGGUGUAAUUGUGACACUGAAAUGAAUUUUGAUGUUUGGCAAGUUGAUGCAGGUGAUUUGACAGAUAAAGAUACACUGCCUGUUAAACAAUUACGGUUCGGGGAUACAGGUAGCGCCUUAGAUGAGAAACAAGGUCGUUACACUUUAGGUCCAUUAAUUUGUGAAGGCGAUGAUCUAUUUAGCAACGUUGUCACAUUCCGAGUAGCUGACGCAACUAUUAACUUACCCACGUUUGACAUGGGCCACAGUGGGGAUAUUUACUUUGAAUUUAGGACUGCUUCCGCAAAUGCUGUACUUUUCCAUUCCACAGGUCCAACGGAUUAUAUAAAACUUAGUAUAGUUGGAGGAAAUCAAUUACAAUUCCAAUAUCAAGCUGGAUCUGGCCCAAUAGCUGUUAUAAGAGAAGUUUCUUACAGAUUAAAUGACGACGAAUGGCAUUCGGUAUCAGUAGAACGUAAUAGAAAGGAAGCGAUGCUUGUAAUAGACGGUGCUCUUAAGGCGGAAGUUAGAGAACCACCGGGACCUGUAAGAGCACUACAUUUGACUUCUGAACUUGUUAUUGGUGCUUCUACUGAUUAUAGAGAUGGAUUCACAGGUUGUAUUCGUGCACUUUUGAUCAACGGUCUCCACAUUGAUCUUGGUCAAUAUGCUAGAAUGGGUCUUUAUGGUAUAGUCGAAGGUUGUAUGGGCAAAUGCUUGAGUAGUCCUUGUUUGAACAAUGGUACGUGUCACGAAAAAUAUGAUAGUUAUGUAUGUGAUUGCCGUUGGACUGCAUUUAAAGGACCGAUUUGUGCUGAUGAAAUUGGUGUUAAUAUGAGGCAGAGUUCUAUGAUUAAGUACGAUUUUGAAGGAUCAUUCAGAAGCACAAUAGCAGAACAUAUCAGAGUUGGAUUUACUACUACUAAUCCCAAAGGUUUUCUUUUGGGCUUAAAGUCAAAUAUAACCGGCGAAUAUAUGACAAUAAUGGUAUCUAAUUCUGGACAUUUACGAAUAAUCUUUGAUUUUGGUUUUGAACGGCAAGAAGUAAUUUAUCCAGAUAAACAUUUUGGAUUAGGCCAAUAUCACGAUUUAACAGUUUCCAGAAAAAAUGGAGGAGCUACACUGGUUAUGCAAGUUGAUGGAUAUGAACCAAAAGAAUUCCAUUUUAACAUAAAGGCUUCUGCAGAUGCUCAGUUUAACAAUAUCCAAUAUUUAUACAUUGGGAAAAACGAAUCAAUAACAGAAGGGUUCAUCGGUUGUAUUUCUAGGGUGGAGUUUGAUGAUAUUUUCCCGUUAAAAUUAUUAUUCCAACAACAAGGCCCUGGAAAUGUUAGAUCUUUAGGAACUAAUUUAACUGAAGAUUUUUGUGGUGUGGAACCCAUAACUCAUCCGCCUGAUAUCAUACAAACAAGACCACCCCCGAUUUUAGAUGAAGAUAAAUUGAGGAGAGCAUAUAAUCAAGUGGAUUCUGCUGUUUUGGGAAGUGUUCUGGCAUUAAUCUUCAUAGCUCUUGUAAUCCUUCUGAUAGUAAUCGGUAGGUAUUUGCACAGACACAAAGGAGAGUAUUUAACACAAGAGGACGCGGGUGCUGAUACUGCAUUAGAUCCCGAUACUGCGGUAGUACACGGUACCACCGGCCAUCACGUUCAGAAGAAGAAAGAAUGGUUUAUUUAGUACUACUAGUUGUUCAUCUGAAGUUGUUUUUUUAAUUGAAAAUUGGCCUAAAUAGUACAAGUACUGCUGUAAUAUAAUUAUUGUAUUAAUUUUAAGUGUACAAUCAAGUACUGCGAUUUUACUAAAAAAUUGAAAUACCUUUAUUUUCAAAAUAGUUAAUUGAGACAAUUAGAUAUUUUAAAAUAAAUUUUGUAAUGUCAAAUUCGGUAUUUUAGUAAAAUACUGUACUGGAUAUUAACAAAAAUUUAUUUUUCCACGACAUAGGUUAUCGUCAAUAACAAAGAUAAAUUCUGUCAUAAACUACAUGAAAUGUAAUGAAACACAGCUUGUUAAUUAUUUCAAAAAAAAGGUAAGAUAUGAAUAACAUUCCACUAAGUUGACGUGAUAACGAGAACUAUUGUUAAAACUACAUUCUUUAUGCACACAAAGAAAUAUUCGAUUCUAAUGUCAUUUUUGAUAUUAUUGUCCUUCCUAGUAUGUCAUUUCGAAUGAUUUUGUGGAUUGAGGACUCAAAAUAAAACUGCCCAAGAGUUUUUUUUAAUGCCAACGUUUCGAUCUUUAUCAAGGUUAAAAAUAUAUUGUAUAUAACAACUCAAACGUUGAUGAAGAUAAAAAAAGUAAACAAAAAAUUGUGAAAUUACAAGUAAAACAAUCAUCAGUUAGUGUAAGAAUAUAAAUAUCUAUACAUAUAUAAAUAUAUAUAAAGGAAUUUGACACACUGUAUCUGAGACAAACUAUACAACAUAAACAAAUAAGAACAUUGUUGUUUAAAACAGUGUCUUCUCCGUCCUCCCCUUCCUCUCCUACUUCCCGAUUAUCGUUCUUCAUCUGUUCAUAAUUUCUUCAUCAGAAAGAACCUGAUUAUCACGUACAGAGAUCCAAGCAUUCGCUGCCAUGUAGACGGCGUCUUUUAAAUUCAAUUUUUUGUAACUGCUUAGCACAGACUCUUCACCAUUCUCCAUAUCUAGAAGCAGCAUUUGAUUUCAGUAGAAACGUUUAAGUUUUUCUAUCCCACUCUGGUCCAUUGGUUGUAGGACUGACGCCUCCUUUGGCGGAAGAAACAACAAAUUGAACUUGCCACCAUCUGAGCACAAAACAACGUCUGAUAGGUGAGUUGGUGCAUUAUCUAUGAGUAAGAGCACUUUACCGGUUAAAUCUGUUUUUUUUGGUGUUUUUCGCAUGUGGGAUAAAAACGUUCGCAAACCAAUCACCAAAAAUAUCUGUUUCCAUCCAGGAAUUUUCUUGAUUUUGUAUACAACAGGCUUGCUUAUGCUAUGUAGGCUGCUUUGCUUUCCCAAUAAUAAAUAGUGGGAGUCUGUGAUCGCCAGUAGAGUAAGCGUAAACCAUAGCUGUAAUGCGGUCUUUGUAUCCAGGCGCUGCAGUUUCCUUUUGGAAACAAGGGACUUGGUUGGCAGCUUUUUCUAGUUGAGACCUGUUGCGUUCGCAUUGUAAAUGUUCUGGUGUUGAAAACUACCAGCAUUGCAAAAUUCAUUAAAUGUCUUCUUAAAAUUUUCAUCAGAUACUACACCAGCUAACAGUCUUUCACCUUGUAUGUCUAGCUUCCUUAUCCCGUGCAUGGAUUUAAAGCGUUGAAGCCAGCUCUCUUGGGUAACCAUUAACUUCGAGAAUUCUGAUUUUAUUAUUAUCAGUAUAGAAUUCAGAGCUAUUUAGACAUUGGACCAUGUGUGUAAGCCUUUUUAUUGUCUCUAAUUUAUGUCUUCAAGGAUGGUUCGAAUAAAAAAAACUCUUGGACAGUUUUAUUUUGAGUCUUCAACUCGCAACACCAUUCAAAAUCAAUUUUAAACCUAAUAUGUGCAUAUAGACCAUUAAAGGGCUCAAAGUGGUGGGUAGGCGUUGGGAAUUUACUGAUACCAUACUUAUAAUUUUUGCGUAGAAAUUUUUAUUUAAAAAUUAUUAUUAUUAUAAGUAUUCAAAGAAAUUAAUUUUUCUAUGCUGUAGUAAACAUUGUUUUAUAUACAUAUAUUAUCGCCUCAAGGAAACUUGUCAAAAAUAAAAAAAAAUAUUUUUAAUAAUAUACUCUAAAUUCUGAACCUAUCUUGCAUUUUCAUGUUUUUUAUUUGAAUUAACUUCUCGGCAACUGAAAUCAUUGACAUGUAUUAGAAUCAUUAACUUACAAUUUAAAUAAGACACCUAAAAGUUAUUAACAUCAAGUUAUAUCUCAUUAAUAUCUUUCAAAUAAUUGUGUGGCGUAUGACUGGAAUAUUUAAAAUUUCUUUUAAUUUGUAAGUAUAUGCAUGAUUGUGAGUGUUAUUUUGCAGUACUGACAUUUGGAAGAGUCACAAACCUCCAUUAUAUAUCCACACUCAGUCGAGUAGUGCCCAAUAUGAAGCCUGCAAUAACUGUGUCUCAUAGGAAGUAGAUCAUUGAGAUUCAUCUAAUUUAAAGUUGCAAUUUAUCUAUCAGUUGCCAAUGGAAUAUCUUAUACUAAUUGUCAGCUCCUAUCAGUCACAGAAAGAUGGCUGUUGAAAUAUUCUUUGCAGGUGGAUCCCCAUGUUUAUUCUCAGAUAUUCCAGAGUAAGAUGCUAUCUAGAUUAACGUAGUUGUAACACCACAGCUUGCAAGACUGUCUAUGAUGUCAUGAAUAUCCUGGAUAUUAGCAUGUACGUGAUAUAUUUGUCUCGAGUUUACUGAUGAAAGAUCUUUAUCAUUCUAUAUUAAGCUUUUGACAAAGCGCCAUCUACUUGAAAACAAAAUGAUAUAUUUUUUUCUCAGUGAAAUAUGAAAUUCGCUCAGAUUCUUUUUGUAAAAUAUUUACUUUUUGUUUUGAUAUGGAAAUUAAAGUAAGAAAGUCAAAGUCAAAAAAAAUUGUGGGCUUAGUUUAAAUAGGACACCCUAAAUUUCUAAUCACCUUAGUUCUAUUUCAAUUAACUCAUAAUUUUGUUUAAAACAUGUUUUUAUACAACUUUUUUUAAAUAAAUUACAUGUGGUAAUAAUAUCAAUAGAACUCCAGUGAAACUGAAAAGUGGUAAUUUUAUUUUUCUAAUUUUGAGAUAAAACUAAAAAAAAGUUAUAUAUGGACAUCUGUAUUAAGUCGAUAUCUAACACUGAUUUUUUGACAAGUUUCUGUGAAAAGUUUCACUUUUUAUGCAUGCAAUUAUUAUAGAGUAUAUUUUACCUAAAUUUUUUAUUUUUUAUCUAUUCAAGAUAAAUUUUUUAUUUUAUUGUUUUUAGAUUACAUUGUGCUUUUCACAUCAUACUAGUUAUACAAUGAGAUUAGUUUAUAAUAAAGCCUUAAUCAUCUUAGAUAGCUAGUGCUGAGAAAGGCUUGUUGGAUAUCAAUAUAAUAUAGAAUCUCUGUAAACAUGACGCAACUUUGUUCAAUUAUUACUUAAAACGCGAUUGAGAAUUUUAUUAUUUUAUAUUUCAUUUUUUGUAGGUUUUUUUACAGAAAACAAAUAUGGUGAUUGCCUUUAUCAUGCAAGGUAUUCUAGCAAAGCAUCCAUCCAUCUUACUUGACAUGAAUAUACAUUAAUAUCAGUGAUAUUUUUAGAGUAAAAAUAGUUUAUGAAAUAAUAAUAACUUCAAUCGUUAAAAAUUUCUAUUUUAAUAAUUAACCUUUCCACAGAUGUUUAUGUGUUUAUGUUACGUAACUCAAAAAAUACUGUUUUUUAUGAUUGCCGCUCGUCUGAUAUAAUAGUUGUCUCAAGACGAUUAUACUCCUUUAUAAUGGACAACUGAGCAGCAGCACGUUCUGCGACGGCACUACACUCCGAAAGACUCCUCGAAAUACCAAAUGUUGUGUCUGGCUUCCCCAUUUUAAUAGGGUUGUAUAGUAGUGUGGUUGAUUUCUAGUUCACAAAAAUCUUGUUAGUUUCCUCGACCAACAAUAAAUAGAACAACACCUUUUUAAAUGGUAGUUUUUAUUCGGUUAAUUAGAUUACACUCACGGUACGUUUAGAACAAUCCCCCUUGAAUGAAUUGAGACAUAUGGAUACUUUUUGGGGAUUGUGUGAAAUAUUAUUUUUCUGAUAAAACUGUGCGCCUUCUUCAGUUCGACAAGUAUCAGCUGAAGAAAAAAAGUUCGUUAAACAGACGACGGCUGGUUAUAACAAGCAGAGCGACUGCCAGACGAUGGCUUAUCGCGUAAACAGAAAUAACGAUGGAUAAAAUAACGAAACUGUAUGUAAAAUAUCCAAACGAUAAAAUUCCAAUAAAAAACUAUUAAUAACUAAUUUGAACUACUGAAUGGGAUACCCUAUUAGCUCCACGUCUAAUGAUAACAAUCUAUAAUCAUUUUUCAAAUCGUUCACAUUUCUAAUAACAUAUAAAUCCUAAAUGCAACUACAUUUAUUUAAACGCAAAUAGAAUACCUUGUAAACUUACUUUCUAGUAUUAUUUUCCGUCCAUUUUAAGUUUUAUUUAUUUUUUUAUAUAUUUUUUUAUGAAAUUAAUCGUCUAGUUGUAAUUUGUGUUCUUGUAAGACAAGUGCCUUCGGCAUUUAGUUUGAUGUAACUAAGAAAUAAAGGUUUUGCUACAUUUAUAUUUUGACCUCCAUUUUAGUAUAUGAUAAACAAUUUAGAUAUUCAUGUAUAAUAUAAACUUUUUUACAAAUAAAGUGUUAUUGUAAAG